CCAAGAGAGCCGUACACUUAGUGGAUAGAGACGCCGUCCUGGUGAUCUGGAGCAUUCACAACUAUCUCGCCGCGCUAUGCGCCCCGUUGAGAUCAGGCGCGCGGCAGCAGCAGCCGAGCGCACAUGGUCACCGAGCACAGAAUAACUGUGGGAGGAAGAGAAAAAAAGAAAAGAAAAGUUUACAACCAGAAGAAUAACAGGAAGCUACAAUGUCGACCUCGCGGAGGGCGUCCGCUGUGGCUCGGGCGAAGAUACCUCCGCAUCUGGAACAGUCGGAAACCAGGUUUUGCGCACAAGAACUGGGAAUCAACCCCGCGGGCAACGCCACGUUUCACGGGAGGGACAGAUCGCCAGAGGACGACAACAACCGCACAGAUGUUCCGACCGUUCACCUCCACCCGUACCUGUCUCACCCCCGGAUGUCGGUGCGGAUGUCGGUGUACAGCACCGGGAUCCGUCCGGUCCUCACGCGCGCCCACGUACAAGGACGCGUGUACAACUUUCUGGAAAGGCCGUCUGGCUGGAAAUGCUUCGUGUAUCACUUCACCGUGUUCCUCAUAGUUCUGGCCUGCCUCAUCCUCAGCGUUUUGUCCACCAUCGACCAGUACCAGGCCCUGGCUCACACCACGCUCUUCUGGGUGGAGAUCGUCCUUGUGGUGUUCUUCGGCGUGGAAUAUUUUGUCCGCCUUUGGUCAGCCGGCUGCCGCAGUAAAUACGUCGGCAUCUGUGGCCGGCUGCGCUUUGCCAGGAAGCCAAUAUCCAUUAUAGAUCUGAUUGUGGUUGUUGCCUCCAUCAUUGUGCUGUCGGUGGGCUCCAAGGGCCAGGUGUUCGCCACCUCCGCCGUUCGAGGGAUCCGCUUCCUCCAGAUCCUGAGGAUGCUCCACGUCGACCGGCAGGGCGGCACCUGGCGCCUCCUCGGCUCCGUCGUCUUCAUCCACCGGCAGGAGCUCAUCACUACCUUGUACAUUGGCUUUCUGAGCCUCAUCUUCUCCUCGUACUUUGUCUACCUGGCAGAGAAAGACGCAGUCGACAGCGACGGCUCCUCCGAGUUCGGAAACUACGCCGACGCCCUGUGGUGGGGAGUGGUGACCGUGACGACCAUAGGAUACGGAGACAAAGUACCACAGACCUGGAUCGGAAAGACCAUCGCAUCCUGUUUCUCCGUCUUUGCCAUUUCCUUCUUUGCUCUGCCAGCAGGAAUCUUGGGCUCCGGCUUCGCCCUGAAGGUGCAGCAGAAGCAGAGACAGAAGCAUUUCAACAGACAGAUCCCCGCCGCCGCCCGUCUCAUUCAGACGUCGUGGAGAUGUUUCGCAGUGGAAAAUUUUGAUUCGGCCACAUUCAAGAUGUUUUUGAAGAAGAGAUCCCACAUCCACGCCUCCUCUCAGUCCAGCCCGAAGGCCAAUAAAUCGGUGAAGGUCAGGAGGAAGUUGAAGAGCAGCGACAAGGACGACGGCCCGACUUCGCCCACGAUUCCCAGCAUCACCUACAGCUCCACGUUCGACAGCGCGAGGGAGCUGAGCUCAGACGUGUACAGCACCGUGGGCACAGAUUGCCAGCAGUCCUGGACGUCUUUGUCUUCCCUUCAGUUCAGCUCACCGCCUCCAGUGAAGAGAAGCCCGGGCCUCCUGGACGUGCACUCCCCCGGCCCCCUCCAGAAGAACUGCAGCUUCGGGGACGAGCCGGAGCCGGAGCCGGAGCGCCACAGCGACCUGGCUCCCGUCUCCUCCGUGUCCCAAUUGACAGAGUCACACCGAAAGGCCAUCCGGGUGAUCCAGAGAAUGCGGUACUUUGUGGCCAAGAGGAAUUUCCAGCAAGCUCGUAAACCGUACGACGUGCGCGACGUGAUCGAGCAGUACUCCCAGGGUCACCUCCACCUCAUGGUGCGCAUCAAGGAGCUGCAGAGGAGACUGGACCAGUCCAUAGGGAAGAUCACUCUGUUCCAGUCGGGCUCUGACCGAGCCAAAGACAAAGGCACCAACUCCAUCGGAUCCAGACUCAACCGGAUGGAGGGCAAGAUAACGCACAUGGACCACAGUCUGAACCGCAUCGUCGAGUCCCUCACCGUCCUGAUGGGCCAGAGGGACGCCGCUGAGGGUGAAGGUGGAGGCGGGCCGAGGCCGCGGCCCGCCUCCACCUUCACCUGUAAUGUCCUCCCCAGCCAGGACAGCCUGCCAAGCUACGACCAGCUGUCCUCGUCACCUUCGUCCUUCACAUCCAACACCGCCAGCACCGCCGCCGCCGCCACCGCCUUCACCACGCAUCCCGCCAGUCAGGACGAUAGCGGCUAAAAAAAAACAAAGAAACUGGAACUAAACAUUUUUUUUAAGUGCAUUUCUCUUUUUCAUAUAAUUCAUGAAAUGUAUUCGGAUCUUACCCAGUUGUUACUCCAUCUGUCUGUCUGGCUGGUAUAAAAAAAAAAUUCUAAUUAAUAUCUCAUGAGACCUUUUAAUAUAUUUUUACGAAAUAUAUUACCGUGUAACGAAAUUCUGUCAGCAAAAAUACCAAGUGUAACUUUUUACAUUUGCAGUAGUUAUAAAUUAGCACCAAAAAACAAGUUUAACUGCAGGAACGUAAACCGUCCUCGAGCUCUAAAUGCACUUAUUGCACUAAAUGACUAUCGCAACUUUAAAGCUAAAGCAACCGACGCACAAGUGAAAGCUAACUAUCUGGGAGAUGGACACAGCUUGUCAACUUAAUUAGAUUUCCUCUUUUGUGUUUUCUGUGUAUUGAAAAUAUACAUUUUUCUGAUAUCUUGGCAUAUCCAUUUGUUAUACUACGUAACUAGAGCUAACGGCAUUCAUGCUGAACUAGCAUCUACAACUAGCUUAUUGGCUUCUAUUUAUGUCUUCAGUAUAUUCAAUGGGCUGCUGAUGGAUACCGGGCUAUUCUUAUUAUUCUAAUAAGUGAACAAUAUCCAAAGGCCAACGAUUAUUAGCCUGUUAAUGUUUUAGGAUUUGGGGGGAGAUACACACAACUAAAAAGCUAAAGCAGAAAACCCCCAAAAAAUGAACAGUUGCUAGCUAGUAAGACGGAAACAGCUGGACAAUUGUACUUUAUUUGAUUCAUUCCCGAAUUGUUUUCUGUAAAUGAAAUAUGUAUAUAAAUAUAUAUAUUUAUAAAUAUAUACGUAUAUAUAUGUAUAUAUGUAUAUAUAUAUGUAUAUAUAUAGCUAUAAAUAUAUAUGUGUAUAUAUAUAUAUAUAGAUAUAUAUUUCAGCUCGGCACAUUACUUUGUUUUAAUUUAAUAACUAAAUGACGCGGACGCAUUCAACUUCCCAGCAAGCUAACGGGACUAGCGUAGCGUAGUCCCAUCUUUCGACUCUCGUGGAGUUCUUGGAAUAAUACUAAUACUAAUCAUACUUUCCUUUUUUAUAGAGCUUUUCUAAGUACUCUCAAGAUGCUUUAAAGACGCUUGUGCCUGGCGAAAUAGAUGCACUCGAUUUCUGAAACACAUUUUAAAGGACCACUAAGGGGCUUUAUUGGCAGGGAUGGAAUAUAAUAUUGAAAAGUCGGCUUUUAUUUAGCCUAUGCUCACCUGAAAUAGACGUAUACACCUUUAGAGCUGUGGAUGAGUGCGUACAGAGCAGAACAUCGUGUUUCUAACCCUGAACUGAAAGAAAAGAACAACCAGAAACUAACACUAAGCUAACUGCUGCCAACUCAUUCACUUUUCCACUGGACACACAUGCUGACUCUGCUAUUCUCAGCUUAAAUAUGCAUAAUAUUAAGGCAUUAUAGCUUUUUUUUUUCAUAUUUUUUAUUUUAAACCUCAUUGCCUGUUACAACUCUGCAUGUUCGCUCGCUGAAUGUUAUUGUAUUUACAUGAAACAUCUUCUCGGAUCCAUAUGUGAAUUAUUUUUAACAUUAUUAACAUUGUUUAGUAUAUUGCAUUGGCCUUUCAUAACCUUGAGGUUUGAAGUCUGUGAGAAUUUUAUAAAUAUUACUUGAAAUCUAUUCAAUUUAAAAACAAAAACGUUGCCACGGCCUCGGCAUCCUGAACUGUGAUAAAAAAUGCUGUAUUUUUCGUGAAAAAGAUGCACAUUGUAUUAAUGAAUAUUUAAGGGAAGAGGCCUUACUUUUCAAUACUUCACUGGAAAGCCUUCAGUUUAAUCAAAUGCCGUUUUCAUUGUUGUCGCUUGUUUGUUUGUCUCGACAUAUUCAUCCGUUGCAAUAAAAUAUUGUGGUAAUUAUCACCCGGCGUCUUACGUGUUGUGUCUGCUGCCUCGAGGGGAAUCUGUGACGAAAACAAACGAGCUAAAUAUUUCAGUUUAUCGCGAGUUUCCUUUUUCUUUUGCCAGAGGUGGUGUUGAAAAAAGCUAAAAUAAUUCAGUUUUUAACAUUUGAAGUUGCUUUUCUCCUCAGUCAUCAAUCAAAAUUCAUUUAAUUAAUUUACUCUUGUAUGUUCUGUGUCUCUGACAUGAUGUUUUUAUUCUGUCCAUUUCAAUAAAAAGUGCACUCUUA